CAGUCAGCCACGGUCCCAGCCUGCCCCGCGCGGGCCAACGAGAGCCAGCCCAGUGACUCACCUCUGCCGCGCUAACUCUUCGCAGCUCUUUCCUUCACUCACGCUCGCCCCGGACUCGAGAUGGCGGCGGCGGCAGCGGCGGCGGCGGGGGACUCAGACUCCUGGGACGCGGACACGUUCUCUAUGGAGGACCCGAUGCGGAAGGUCGCGGGCGGCGCCACGGCCGGCGGGGACCGCUGGGAGGGCGAGGACGAGGACGAGGACGUGAAGGAUAACUGGGAUGAUGAUGAUGAUGAAAGUAAAGAGGAAGCAGAAGUAAAACCAGAAGUAAAAAUUUCAGAAAAGAAAAAAAUAGCAGAAAAGAUAAAAGAGAAAGAACGGCAGCAGAAGAAAAGGCAAGAAGAAAUUAAAAAGAGGUUAGAAGAGCCGGAAGAACCUAAAGUGCUAACACCUGAAGAGCAAUUAGCAGAUAAACUUCGGCUAAAGAAGCUACAGGAAGAGUCAGACCUUGAAUUAGCAAAAGAAACGUUUGGUGUUAAUAAUACAGGUUAUGGAAUAGAUGCUAUGAACCCAUCUUCAAGAGAUGACUUCACAGAGUUUGGAAAGUUACUAAAAGAUAAAAUUACACAAUAUGAAAAAUCACUAUAUUAUGCCAGUUUUUUGGAAGCCUUAGUUCGAGAUGUCUGUAUUUCAUUGGAAAUUGAUGACUUGAAAAAGAUUACCAAUUCAUUGACUGUGCUUUGCAGUGAAAAACAGAAGCAAGAAAAGCAAAGCAAAGCCAAAAAGAAGAAGAAAGGCGUGGUUCCUGGAGGGGGAUUAAAGGCCACCAUGAAAGACGAUCUGGCAGAUUAUGGUGGAUAUGAUGGAGGAUAUGUACAAGACUACGAAGACUUCAUGUGACAUUUUACCUUCUCCUGGUGUCUUCUUUCUGUUGCCCACAAUCCCUUCAACAUGUAGCACAACUUCCUUUCUUUUCAGUUCUGCCAAAUGCUACAAUCAGAAGUGCAGUAUCUUUUGUGCUGGUUAUUUAACCCCUUGACACUCAGGUGCUAAUGAGCAAAUGAGGGAACUUGGAUCUUGUUGCCAAGGGGUUAAAAUUGGGAACCUCAGUUGCUACUAAAUCAUAGUUUAAAAACAAAAGAAACCUAAUAAUGUUGUCAUUGUUGCUAUCUGAUUCCAUAGCAGCAGUCACUAAAUUGGAAACAAAGGUUGCAACAUGACAAAAAAAAUUGUGUAGUAUUUACCAGCACCAUUCAGUAAUACAGCCUUAACCAUACCUCCUUGAACUACUUCAUAACUUGUCAAGAAAAGCAGUUUGCAGCAAACAGGGGCAUGUGGGAUGCACCUAGUAUUAAAAUUGCUUUGUCUUAAAAUUGAGAGUGAGGAUAUUAAAAACAUGUUGUGAAGAAGACUGCUUAUCUCAGAGCGAAGAUACUGUGGCUGAAAAAUACUAGUUUGAUACUUAAGAUUUUAAUGACCAAAACCCUUCAACUUUGAAGCUGAAGAAGGUAAACCUCUCCAUUAUUACAGUGCAAGUGGUGGACGCUCCAGUCAUUGACUGUCUAGUUAUUUAUCGGCCUAUCUCUACUGAUGGAGGACUUCAGAUGGGGGAGGGAACUCUGUUUCUAUUUGCCUGAUUCAAGUGUCUGAGAAACAAAUCUUUCUGUUCUAGGCUGCAACAGAAAAACUUAACAGGGUUUUGGCAUUUCCUUUUCUUUAUAAAACAUGCUCAGCAAACUGCACCAGUUAACUACAGUUUGGUAAAUUGUUAUGUUAACAAUUAUGACAUCUGCAAUGUUUUAUAAAGCAACUAAUUUAAUAAAAUCACUAUUGUGAGGACUUAUUUUGUGUUACCUCCCAAGAGAUAGUUGAGUACAGGAUGCAGCUCUUGGGUGGAAUUCUCUGUGUACUCACUAAGGCUUAAUCAGUGCCUGAUGUAGUUACAGCUUUGAAACAAGGAUGUUUGGGGUCUUUAGUUUAAUGUGGAGCAACAGAGGCUGCCUUCCUCUUGUUUAUUUGGGAAAUUAUCUUGUUUAGAUGCUGAGGCCCAAUUAAGUACCUAUAACUAUUUAUUUGGAGUAUUGGCGCCUACUGCUCAUGUUAUUACAGUAAACAUAAAUUGGGUGAUCAUUUUAAGUAAUUUAACCAAAUUUGUGGUUAGUUUUUUUUAUUUUUUUUUUUUUUUUUUUUUUUUUUUUUUGGUCCCCAUAAUUGUUAAAACCAGGACAAAAAUUUUUAAUUUUUCUUCUAUAGGCAAUAGGAACCUCAAAGCUCUGUAGACUACUAAGUGGAAAACAGGACCAUCUAAAUGACUUGAAUUAAUAGAAGGCCGUGACUACACAGCAAUAACUAUAGUAAAUACUGUUGAAGGCAGACAAGGGCUAAGAUCUCCUUAGCAGUAAUAAUGACAGACACUGAAUUAAAACCUAUUUUAUUAUAGAAAGAUCAGUUUCUAACUCAUGAAAAUGUAUCACCUGUUCCUUAACUGUGUAAAUAAGAUUAAAUUGCUUUGAAACUGGAA